AUGUCUGUCAAAUCAGUGACUGAAAACUUCCCGCUCGCCAGAUAUAGGGCUGGCGGCGGACAUCCGACUGGUCAACGCAACGGCAUAGAGGAGAAUCUGGAGGAGUCCUUCGUCAGUCAUUUCACUCAAUUAUUCAACAAAUAUGCCGGGCCAAACGGCACCUGGCAUCGAGACCAAAUCGGCCUCUUCAUGCACCACGUCCAAGUCGAAAACCCGGAAGGUCUGGCCAGUUACCUUGUCGAUCAAGAUGAGCUAAACCUGCCUGAACUCAUCAAGUAUCUCACCUCACCAUGCGGCAACAUUCUCGAAAUGGCAGCUCCGCAAGACUUGACCUGGCCACUGAACAACUACUUCAUCAGCUCAAGCCACAACACGUAUCUUACUGGCAACCAACUUUCCAGCGACUCAAGCACUGAAGCGUACAAAGACGCCUUGCUACAUGGAUGCCGAUGCAUUGAGAUCGAUGUCUGGGAUGGCAAAGAACAGUGGAAGCCAGGAUUCGGCUUAGAGGAUGAAGUUGACAGGGAAAUGAAGGAUACUUCUCGUGAAGCUGCGCCUAGGAAAAUGGGCUUUGCUGAUCGAGCCAUGAUCAAGAUUGGGCGCUGGGCUAUGAAUAAGUUUGAACCUGUUGAUCCUGACGGCAAAACAGUUGAUGACAGACUCUUGGAUGUUAUUGAUGCCGAGCCACGAGUUCUUCACGGCUUCACUCUUACUAAAGAGGUUCUCUUCCGCGACGUAUGCGAAACUGUAAAAGAUUACGCGUUCUCCACGUCUGACCUUCCACUUAUCGUCAGUCUAGAAGUCCACUGCUCUCCGCUACAGCAAGGCGCCAUGGUCAACAUCAUGGAUGAGGUCUGGGCUGAGUAUCUUCUCCCUGUACCUGAGUUUGAGUCUGAUUAUCUGCCAUCACCUCAGGAAUUGAGGAACAAGAUUCUGAUCAAGGUCAAAUAUGUCCCGGAGGAUGGCAAAGGAAAUCGCAAGGACACGCCUGAUAGCACGGAUGAAGAGAGCAUGCUUGAGGUUGUUGUGGAGGGGGACGAGAAGAAGGUCAAGAAGAUCAAGCCACCCAAAGAUCAUUCCUCGACUGAGUCGCCUUGGUAUUCAUACUCGAGGGAUUAG